UAGGGAGAAGAGCAAACAUGGCCUCACCGAGGUGGCUCUGGUGUGUGUGUGCGACCGCGGCGGUGGCACUGCUGCUCAUGUCCAGGGUUCCCUCGGCCUCCGCCCAAAGAAAGAAGGAGAUGGUGUUGUCUGAGAAGGUUAGUCAGCUGAUGGAAUGGACCAAUAAAAGACCUGUAAUAAGAAUGAAUGGAGACAAGUUCCGUCGCCUCGUUAAAGCUCCACCAAGAAAUUACUCUGUUAUCGUCAUGUUCACUGCUCUCCAACUUCAUAGACAGUGUGUCGUUUGCAAGCAAGCCGAUGAAGAAUUCCAGAUUCUGGCAAAUUCUUGGCGAUACUCCAGUGCAUUUACCAACAGGAUAUUUUUUGCCAUGGUGGAUUUUGAUGAAGGUUCUGAUGUAUUUCAAAUGCUAAACAUGAAUUCAGCUCCAACUUUCAUCAACUUUCCUCCAAAAGGAAAACCCAAAAGGGCUGAUACAUAUGAGUUGCAGGUGCGAGGGUUUUCAGCUGAACAGAUUGCCCGGUGGAUCGCAGACAGAACUGAUGUCAAUAUUAGAGUAAUUAGACCUCCAAAUUAUGCUGGACCCUUAAUGUUGGGAUUGCUUCUGGCUGUUGUCGGUGGACUUGUGUAUCUUCGAAGAAGCAAUAUGGAAUUCCUCUUUAAUAAAACUGGAUGGGCAUUUGCAGCUUUGUGUUUUGUACUUGCUAUGACAUCUGGUCAAAUGUGGAACCAUAUAAGAGGACCACCAUAUGCUCAUAAGAAUCCCCAUACAGGACAUGUGAACUAUAUCCAUGGAAGCAGUCAAGCUCAGUUUGUAGCUGAAACGCACAUUGUUCUACUGUUCAAUGGUGGGGUUACCUUAGGUAUGGUGCUUUUAUGUGAAGCUGCUACCUCUGGCAUGGAUAUUGGGAAGCGAAGGAUGAUGUGUGUGGCUGGAAUUGGACUUGUUGUGUUAUUCUUCAGUUGGAUGCUCUCUAUCUUUCGAUCAAAAUACCAUGGCUAUCCAUACAGCUUUCUGAUGAGUUAAAGAGGAUUUCAGAGACACAGACUGUGUGGUAAUAAUGGAAAUGAAAAAUAAUAAAUAUGUGGUGUUUGAAGAAGAAUGCAACUCAUGUAUUUUAUAUUACCUCCUUUUUUGUCAAGUGAUUUAAAUAGUUAAUCAUUUAACCAAAGAUGUGUAGUGCCUUAACAAGCAAUUGUAAGAUCAUGAAGUGUUGGGAUUAUUCUCCUCUUAACCUUCCCUUCCCUAUGAACUUAUGAAACAUUUGAUUUUUGUAGAAUUAAGUACUUUAUAAAAAUUUAAAACUACUACUUCAUUUUACUUAGAGCAAAACUCAAAACUACUUUAGUUAACUUUUGGUCAUCUAAUUUUAUCUUAUCCAAGGUUGGGGAUGGAAGGUUCUGAGCAGGAAUUUCCACCUCUGCCUAUUACAAACAACUGCAUCUGGAAGCCAUCAUUAGUUUUCCUUUGUGCAGAUGUAUGUGAUUUACAUCUUUCCUUUGGGGCCAAGGUAUGAUAUGCACUAUGUGAACUUCUGAAAAUGGACCAUGUAGCCUUUGGAAGAUACAUCUGUCUUCUUCUGUACCUUUCCUACUGAAAUCAGAGCUACAUAUGCCUCUUUUACACAUUAAAAAGUACCUCUAACAACAAGA